AUGGCUACCCCUAGUGUCCUUACUUUUGAUGCUAAGGGCCGUGCCAUUGACUUUGAGGUCUGGGUUGAUGACCUCCAGCUGUUUCUCCAGUGCGAUAGGGCAGACGGCCUCUCCCUCUUUGACCUCACUUUUGGUGCCUCUCUUGCCCCUGCUGCUGAUGCUGAAGCCACUGUUCGCUCACAGUGGGCCACACGCGAUGCUGCUGCUCGUCUUGCUGUGCGUCGCCACUUAUCGACCACUGAGCGUGCACACUUUAGCCAGUACAAGAGUGCUCAGACCUUUCGGUCGGUGCGGCGUCUACCCCUAGCGGGAAGCGCCGCCCUAGCAAGGGCAAAGGGGGCAGGGGCGCUGGAGGAGCUAGCGGGGGCGGUGGAGGCGGCAGUGGAGGCGGCGGAGGGGGUGGGGGUGGCGGUGGGGGUGGCGGCGGGAGUGGAGGUGGAGGUGGCGGCAGUGGAGGCGGAGGAGGCGGCGGCGGUGGCGGCGGGAGCGGAGGUAGCGGAGGUGGCGGCGGUGGAGGAGGCGGUGGCGGAGGAGGUGGAGCUGGUCAGGGUGGCGCUGCGCAGAGGGUCGGCUCCGGUAGUGUGGGGUGGGGGGGCUGGUCUGUGCACCUACGUCCUACGCACCAGCGACCGCGCGGGUGAGCAGUGCGGGGGUGCGCACUCCACCCAGCGCUGCUUUGGCCGCCUGACGGACGCUUGGCGUCACCAGUUCCCGGAGGCCACUGAGAUCCCCCGCUGGGGUGAGCUGUCUAGGGCGGGAGUAGCUGUCUUUGACCUUGACUUUGAUGCUAUUCUUGCUGCCAUGUAUGCUGUGACUAUUAGUGAUGAGGGUGACUGUUACCGGUGUUUUCCGCCCGACCCGGGCAUUGAGACUGCUGCUCUAGGUACUGGUGAGGCUGCUGCUCUAGGUGCUAGCGAGGCUGCUACUCUAGGUGCUAGUGCGUCUGGGUCCUUAGGUGCUGGUGAGUCUGCUCUCUCAGGUACUGCGUCGGCUUCGGCCUCCCACACCUUCACCCUUGACUCGGGUGCUUCUCGCUCCUUCUUUCGAGACCGCACCACUCUCACGCGGCUUGGUCGGUCUGUUGCAGUCUCUCUGGCAGACUCCUCUGGGGGUCCUGUCCUCGCGGUUGUGCACGCGCGCCUUGUAGUGCGAACAUAA